CCAAGAAUACCCUUGGCCGCCAAAAGACCACGUCAUCAUUCUUCGGGCAGUUUAAAUCAAUAAUACAUCUUGCCCGAAUCUGAAUUCAGAAAUUCUUGCACAAACGUCCUCUUAUUCCCCUGCCCGUAAAUCUCGACGAUCAACCUAUUACAAUACAUACAGAUUAUCUGUAUCUAUAUGCAUACAAACCACGCUAUACUCUGUGAGAAGUGGUAUUGUUAAAUUCAGGGAAAUGUGGAGGAGAACGGUGGCUCGAUCUGCUGCUGCGGCGGCGUUGAAUCUCCGGCAAUCACGGAGGUUAUCGAUUUGCGCGUCGUCAACUCCGAUCCCUGCUCCUAGUAUUGUUCACAAGCGUGGAUCCGAUAUUCUCCAUGAUCCGUGGUUUAACAAGGAUACUGGAUUUCCCAUGACAGAAAGAGAUAGACUUGGACUCCGUGGUCUUCUCCCACCUCGCGUCAUAUCAUUUGAUCAGCAAUAUGAUCGUUUUAUGGAAUCAUAUCAUUCAUUGGAGCAUAAUACAAAAGGUCAACCUCAGAGUGUUGUAUCAUUGGCAAAAUGGAGAAUCUUAAAUAGACUACAUGACAGAAACGAGACAUUAUAUUACCGAGUACUUAUUGAUAACAUCAAAGAUUUUGCUCCUAUAAUAUACACUCCAACAGUUGGUUUGGUGUGUCAAAACUAUUCAGGAUUGUUUAGACGCCCACGUGGCAUGUACUUCAGUGCAAAAGAUAAGGGAGAGAUGAUGUCCAUGAUCUAUAACUGGCCAUCUAAGCAGGUAGACAUGGUAGUUCUUACAGAUGGCAGCCGUAUUCUUGGGCUUGGUGAUCUUGGGGUUCAGGGAAUGGCCAUACCUAUUGGAAAGCUCGAUAUGUAUGUUGCUGCUGCUGGUAUCAAUCCUCAAAGAAUCCUUCCUAUCAUGCUUGAUGUUGGAACUAACAAUCAACAGCUACUAGAUAAUCCCCUUUAUAUAGGACUACGACAACCUAGAUUAGAAGGGGAUGAAUAUAUAUCAGUAGUGGAUGAAUUAAUGGAAGCUCUUCAUGCACGUUGGCCAAAGGCUAUUGUCCAGUUUGAAGACUUUCAAUUCAAGUGGGCUUUUGAAACUCUUGAAAGAUACCGGAAGAAGAUCUGCAUGUUCAAUGAUGACAUACAGGGAACUGCUGGUGUUGCAUUGGCUGGAUUACUUGGAACUGUUAGGGCACAAGGUCGCCCUUUAUCAGACUUUGCAAACCAAAAAAUUGUCGUUGUUGGUGCUGGAAGUGCAGGGCUUGGUGUUCUUAAAGUGGCCUAUCAGGCGGCUGCAAGGAUGGCAGGAUCAGAAGCAAAACCUCAAUUUUUCCUACUUGAUAAAGACGGUUUGAUCACAAAGGAGAGAGGUUGUAUUGACUCAGCAGCUGCACCAUUUGCCAAAGAUAUUGGAGAGGUUGAAAGUUUAGGUCUCCAUGAGGGAUCUGAUCUUCUUGAAGUGGUCAAAAAGGUCAAACCUCAUGUUCUUCUUGGUUUAUCUGGAGUUGGAGGUGUUUUCAAUGAGCAUGUGCUUAGAGCCAUGCGAGACUCGGAUUCCACUAAACCUGCUAUUUUCGCCAUGUCGAAUCCAACUUUGAAUGCUGAAUGCACUGCUGUCGAUGCUUUCAAGUAUGCGGGUGAAAAUAUAGUUUUUGGAAGUGGAAGCCCUUUUGAGCAUGUUGAUCUUGGAAAUGGGAAAAUAGGUCAUGUGAAUCAAGCAAAUAACAUGUACCUCUUCCCCGGGGUUGGUUUGGGAUCUCUGUUAUCCGGUGCUCAUAUUAUAUCCGAUGGAAUGUUACAAGCCGCUUCUGAAUGUCUUGCUUCUUAUAUGACAGAAGAAGAAAUUCAGAUGGGCAGACUUUAUCCAUCUAUCGAUAGUAUUCGACAUAUUACUGCUGAAGUUGGGGCAGCCGUGGUUCGGGCAGCUGUUGCUGAGGAACUGGCGGAAGGGCAUGGUGAGGUGGGACCGAGAGAGCUUGCACACAUGUCAAAGGAAGAGAUUGUUGAAUAUGUAACAAGCAACAUGUGGUAUCCCAUUUACAGUCCUUUAGUUCAUGAGAAAUAAGGCAUUUUGGAGUCGGGCUAUUCUUCUAAAGGAGAGAUGUAUAAGUAUAAUAAGUAUUAUUAUUAUAUCAUCUCCUGCAGCCUAUUUUAUUAUAGAUAUUUAAUUAAAUGUAUAAUAAAGAAUCAGGUAAUUAUAUUAUAUUUUCAAAUAUGUAAAACAUGUAACAUGCAUCAUUUAACUGGUUAGAAUGAAAGGGUUGAGACUCGUGUUUGACA